AAUAUGGCUGGUCAUCACCGACGCAGCGACAUCGCCAUCGGUGCAAUUCUCAUACAGGAUUUCGGUGACGGGUUACAGCCUGUCGCCUACGAAUCACGGAAGCUGCAGGGCGCAAAGAAAAAUUAUACAGUCCACGACAAGGAAAUGUUGGCGAUCGUCCACGCGUUCAAGACCUGGCGGUGCUACAUGACAGGCGCUGACGUCACGGUGCGAACGGACCACAAAUCCUUACAGUACCUGCGAGCUCAACCGAAUCUCAACCCGCGACAGAUGCGAUGGCUCGAUUUCCUCGAGUCGAAUUUCCAUUACACAAUCACCUAUAAACGAGGCGCCAACUAUAUCGCCGAUGCCUUGACCCGACCUAUUUCCCAUACCGCAGCCAUACUAAUCACCCAGACCAGCUCAUUACUUACCGGCCUAUUUAACAACGGCUACAAGAUCGACCCUUUCUUCCGCUCUGCUAUUCAUCAACAGCACACCAUCGCCGCUGGACACUAUUUUAAUAAGCGCGAUACUUCCCGCAUUUGGGUACCCGGCUACGAUUUACUUCGUACCCUUUUAAUACAGGAAUCCCACGACAACCCUACUUCCGGACAUUUCGGAGUCGACAAAACUACGAAGACGUUGCAUCGCAACUACUAUUGGCCGAACAUGGCUGACGACGUGCGCAAGUACGUGUCCUCCUGCACCGCCUGCCAGAUCAUGAAAUCUUCUCAUCAGCGAGCAGCCGGACUACUGCAGCCGUUGGAUCCGCCCGAGCGACCCUGGCAACAUAUUACGAUGGACUACGGGACAGGAAUGCCAACCGGUCCCAGCGGAAACGAUGCCAUCCUCGUGGUCGUCGAUCGACUCACGAAAAUGGCGCACUUCAUCGCUUGUCAACAGACAAUCACAGCCGAGCAAACUGCUCAACUGUUCAUCGCCAACUUCAUUCGAGUGCACGGACUACCCACCGCCAUUAUUUCUGACCGCGACCCGAAAUUCACAUCCAAUUUCUGGCGCCACCUGUGGGACCAGUUCGGCACCAAACUACAGUUUUCCUCUGCCUACCACCCACAGACCGACGGGCAGACCGAACGAGUCAACCAAACUAUGGAGCAGCUCAUUCGGACUACCUGUACUGACCCACAGACAUGGGAGAAAUCCCUUCCGCUGCUGGAGUUCGCGUAUAACAAUGCGCCAUCCGCGACAACGCAGCAGUCCUCGUUUUUCCUAAAUUACGGACAGGACCUGGUGGUACCCUCUACCCCGAAUAUCGAGACCCUUGUGCCCUGGUCCCAGAAAUUUGCUGAAGACAUUCUCGCCGCCUGAGAAAAAGCAGCCGAGGCCAUCC